UGAUGCACAUUCUUCCAUGUUUGUACUAUAGCAUUUCUUUUAUUUGUUUACAUUAUUUUUAUGUUUCAAUGUGUUUUCUUAUUUUAUUUUAUUUUUUUGCACUUAAUUAAUUUUCGUAUUUAUUUUCCAGCAUUUGCAGCUUUCACGAAUAAAUUCAUAACUGGAGCUUGGAGUAUCGGAUUGAAGCGUGCUACCAGUCGUUGGAAAGCUAAGAAAAAGAUCUACAACUUUCGUUCAGAAGUCGAGAGCUGAUUCGGACUGUAGCAGUGCCAGAAAAUUCGUACAAGUUGCAGCACUAGUUUUACUUAAGUUUUUGGGUCAUUUGUUAUGGGCUUAGGUCGUACUUUUGACCCGGUUUAAUUGUAAAACGGGUAAUGUGUUAUUCAUAGGGGUUAGGCCGAAAUUACUGAGCAGGAUCUGAUUUUCACGAAUUUGGAGAGAGAACAACAAUGGCAAUGAGGAACUAAUUCCCGAAGAACCAAUCUACUGUAUGCAGAUUCCGCUUUGAGGACAUUGUUGGCACUUUCACUAUUGUUGCUGUUGUGGCAUUGCUUUUCCCUUAGUCCUGGCUACUAGGUCUCGUUGUUCUGAAAUUGUUGUUUUUGAUCCUGAAGUAGAGAGAACCUUGCACACACGACGUAGAACAGUCCAGGUUACCACUAGCUCACCAUCCACAAUUGAGUCUGAGUUUGACUACUUGCAUAACUUGUUUGAUUCGGAUUCUGAAUUUGAUUUUAACAUGGCUGAUAAUAGAACCUUAAGGCAAUUAGCUGCUCCUGACGUGAAUUAUAAUGGCUUGUGUAUUGAAUAUGAUGCUGCUGCUACUCCUUUUGAAUUGAAAUCGGGUUUAAUACACUUGUUGCCAAAGUUUAGUGGUCUUGCAGGUGAAGAUCCACACAAGCAUUUGAAAGAAUUCCAAGUGGUGUGUUCUACACCACUGAAGCCUGAAGGGAUCACCGAAGAUCAUAUCAAACUUCGAGCUUUUCCUUUUUCAUUGCAGGGUGCAGCAAAGGAUUGGAUAUACUAUCUCGAGCCAAACUCAAUUGCAAGCUGGACUGCCCUGAAAAAGGUGUUCUUGGAAAGAUAUUUUCCUGCCUCCAGAGCUGCCUCAAUAAGAAAGGAAAUUUGUGGUAUUAGACAAGGUAAUGAGUCACUGACUGAGUACUGGGAGAGAUUCAAACAUUUGGUAUCUAGCUGCCCUCAACACCAGAUUACCGAGCAGCUCCUCAUCCAAUACUUUUAUGAGGGGUUGUUACCGAUGGACAGGAACAUUCUUGAUGCUGCUAGUGGUGGAGCACUAGUCGAUAAAACUCCAGCUGCUGCCAAGGCCCUCAUCGAAAAUAUGUCCCUUAAUUCUCAACAAUUCACCACUAGAGACAAUUCUGUGCAAAGCAAAGGUGUGAGUCAAAUGCAGGUUUCUUCCAACAAAGCUUUAGAGACCAGAAUUGAUGAACUCACUGCCUUAGUCAAACAGUUGGCAGUAGCAAAACCUCAAUCUGCAACUUUGUGCGGUAUUUGUACUUCUCCUGAGCACCCAACUGACACUUGUCCUAUUCUGAGUGACGAGUCCAUUACCGAGCUGCCACAAGCUUAUGCAGCCAACCUUUACGGUCAAAACAGGUACAACAACACUCCUGACCUGUCCACCAACAAAUAUCAUCCCAAUUGGAGGAAUCAUCCCAACCUUCGAUAUGGAAAUCCACAAACCAGCCAACAGCAGAACUCACCUCAAGUGGCUGCCCCUGCACCUUCCGGACCAUCCUUAGAAGAUCUGGUCAAACAAAUGGCCGUGAGCAACCUUCAGUUCCAACAAAGGACUGAUACUAGCAUUCAGACCUUGACCACACAGAUGGGACAGCUUGCUACUCAAAUAAAUAACAUGCAAGCUCAAGGUUCGAACCAACUUCCAGCACAAACCGUUGUCAAUCCGAAUGGUAAUGCUAAUGUGAGCGCUAUUUCUUUAAGAUCCGGAAGAGUGUCAGAACCAGCUCCAGAGAAAAAGAAGAAGAAACCCGUUGCUGCAUCAUCUACUCAUGAACCUGUUGUUGAGCCUUCUGUCACAACUGAGACUGUAACUGAAAGAGUAUAUGUGCCACCAAUUCCUUUUCCUCAAAGGGUGCAGAAAAAUAAAAAUAAGACAGUUGAGGAAGACAAAGAGAUUCUUGAUGUAUUCAGAAAAUGUGCGGUCAACAUUCCUCUUCUUGAUGCAAUUAAGCAGAUUCCUAGAUAUGCAAAAUUCCUGAAAGACUUGUGCACACACAAGAGGAAAUUGAAGGAAAAUGAGAGAGUCAGUUUGGGAAGAAAUGUUUCUGCUUUCAUUCAGCCCAAAACCGGUUCCUCAGCUAAUGUCUCAGUUCUCAGUCAGGCCAUGCCAGAAAAGUGCGAUGAUCCAGGAGUUUUUGCUAUUCCCUGUUCCAUUGGGGAUAGUAAGUUUGAAAAUUGUAUGCUUGAUCUGGGAGCAGGUAUUAAUGUUAUGCCUACUUCUAUUUAUAAUAAACUUGAUCUUGGUCCUUUGCAGCCUACAGGUUUAAUCGUGCAACUAGCAAACAGGAGCAAUGCCCGCCCUGCUGGGAAGGUAGAAGAUGUCCUGGUGCAAGUUAAUGACUUAAUUCUUCCUGCAGAUUUCUACAUUCUAGACAUGGAGGGAGAAACUAAUUCCAGCAGGGCACCCAUAAUUCUAGGCCGACCAUUCAUGAGAACGGCAAGAACAAAAAUUGAUGUUUAUGAUGGAACCAUGUCCAUGGAGUUUGGCGACAUUGUCGCUAAAUUUAACAUUUCUGAUGCCAUGAAACAUCCCUUGGAGGAACAUUCUGUUUUUUAUAUGGAUUUGGUUUUUGAUGAUACUCACUCGGGUGAUUCAUGUGCUAACACUAACCUUUGCUCUGUUUGUGCUAAGAUUGAUUCUGACUUGCAGGAUAGUAACUUUCAUACAGGUGAAGGUGAAGUUGUCAAUGUGGCAGUCAAUACGGUUAAAGUUCUUGACAUUCCGGCUGCCCCAACCAAGAUUCCGGCUGCCCCAACCAAGCACUCCCAUGAUAAAGAAAAGACUAUGCAGUUCCAUGAUAAGAUGAUUUCCAAAAAGAAAUUUUCUGUUGGCCAAAAAGUCUUACUGUUUAAGUCUCGCCUGAAAAAUAUGGUUGGUAAGUUUCGGUCCAAUUGGAUUGGCCCUUUUGUUGUGACUAAUGUUUUUCCUUCUGGUGCUAUAGAAAUUAAAAGUACAGGUACUGGCAAGGUUUUCAAAGCAAAAGGACAGCGGUUGAAGCUGCUCCAUAAAAGUGUGGAAGGGCUUCCACCAAAACCACCAGACAUAGAAGCACCAGCCGCUACACCUUAGCCCCUCGGGUGUGUUCCUUCCUUAUUCUCACUUUAUGCUUAUUACAUUGCGGACAAUGUCUGAUUUAAGUGUGGGGGGGGAACAUUUUAGUAGUUUGUAGUUUUUAAAUUUCAGUCUUUAAUAAAAUAUAAAAAAAUAAAAAAUAAGUCUUAGCGUGCAUGCAAUUGUUAUGAGUGGUUACAUGUUCUAGGGCUAGAGCUGAUAGUUGUUGGAUUGGUGAAAUUUUUGGAAAUUCUUGUUUUCAUGUUGUAUAUGAUAAUCUUUGCACCUUAAUGCACAACUGCUGAAAAACUUGCAAACUUAGUAGUGGCUUGAUAAGUCUUUAAAAUACACAGUCAUUAGCCUAAGUUAUUUGAGUACUGAAUUUGAUGCAGAAGUUUGACUAAGACUAAGUUUGGGGGAGAAGCUAGAUUACUUGAUUGUAGGAUCAUGACUAGAAUAAAUGGUGGGACACUACACUAUAAAAUAAAAAAUUUAAAAAAUAUGAUAAGUUCCUGUGCCUGAAACUGGAGGAACAAAUGCUGUGUAGGGUGCUCUACUCGGAGUAAUAGGUUGGACUCGCAACAAACGAGAUCCCGUCAGGUGAAAAGGUAGAGUAGCACCUAAAGCAUAACUAAAAUGAACUUAAGGUGGUGUCCCUGCGUAUAAAAAAAUUCUAAAAGCCUGUGAGAACUUGAAAAGUGCAGCUUUCUCCCAAGCUGAAAUCCGGACACAGACUCUGAAUUGUAAGAAAGGAAAAUGUGGCUUAGUAUCCUGACUGUGUAUUUUUGAGAAGGAUCAUGUCAUGACUCUGGUUGACAGUAAUAGGCAGUACACACACACGCAGGGUUAUCAUUGACAGCUGAUAUACAAGAGUUAUGCCAAUCUUUGAAAUACAGUCUACGGUUGGAAGCUUGAAUCCUGGAAUGUGUGAUUGCUUGUGAUGAUUGUAGCAUAGAAUGAGUAAUCGUAGAUGUGUCUGUGUUUUGUUUUGUUUUUCAUUUUGCUCGGAGUGCAAAAGUUCAAGUGUGGGGGAAUUUGAUCAGUGCAUUUUGAUGCACAUUCUUCCAUGUUUGUACUAUAGCAUUUCUUUUAUUUGUUUACAUUAUUUUUAUGUUUCAAUGUGUUUUCUUAUUUUAUUUUAUUUUUUUGCACUUAAUUAAUUUUCGUAUUUAUUUUCCAGCAUUUGCAGCUUUCACGAAUAAAUUCAUAACUGGAGCUUGGAGUAUCGGAUUGAAGCGUGCUACCAGUCGUUGGAAAGCUAAGAAAAAGAUCUACAACUUUCGUUCAGAAGUCGAGAGCUGAUUCGGACUGUAGCAGUGCCAGAAAAUUCGUACAAGUUGCAGCACUAGUUUUACUUAAGUUUUUGGGUCAUUUGUUAUGGGCUUAGGUCGUACUUUUGACCCGGUUUAAUUGUAAAACGGGUAAUGUGUUAUUCAUAGGGGUUAGGCCGAAAUUACUGAGCAGGAUCUGAUUUUCACGAAUUUGGAGAGAGAACAACAAUGGCAAUGAGGAACUAAUUCCCGAAGAACCAAUCUACUGUAUGCAGAUUCCGCUUUGAGGUUUCUUAAUAAAUUCCAUAUUGUUUCGUUC